AUGGAUGAAAACCGGGCAGGAAGCUGGCUGUCGGGCUGGCUGGCUGGCUGGUGUGUGUGUGUGAGCGGACGACGCAUCGGACAACCGAACAAGGCGAUAAACCGACGAAACGAAGGAAGGAAGGAAGACGUGAAGAAGGCAGAUGAUGAUGAAGAAGAAGAGAAGAAGAAGAAGAAGGGCUGGCUGGCUGGGUGGCUAGGUUCGGUGGGAGUAGAAGUCGAGCCGGAGGGCCCGGCACACGCAAAAAAAGAACUACGCGAAGCAGUUGUUUGCGCCAAAAACGGAAAAGAGUUGGAGAUAGUGUUGACGGCGAAUGGAGAGUGCGCCGGCAGAAACGCCGCCGUGGUUGUUGUGUGUGCGUCUGACCCGGCUGGGCCGGCCCAGCCGGCAGUCCUCCGGCCGCUGCUUUACUUCUGCCCACGUAUUCCGGUUGGAGCCGUCCAUCCACGCAGUGUUUCUUCGCCGAACACCGUCUGCGGUCUCCGCACUUCCAGCGUUGUCUUCGUCCAACCCGCAGAUGUCGUACGACGGCGGGAUUUCCGUUCAGUCGAUGGCGACGUUGUCGACGACGGUGUUGAUGGCGCGCUUGCGCGGUACUGCGCAUUUAUGGACAUGGCUGGAGGGAAAAAAGGAAAGCGCCUAGCGGAAAACAACAAUCCCGUCCAACUGAUUUCCGGAAUAUCUUCUCUCAUGCCAGGAUGUCUUGACAAGUAG